AUGCCGCCCUCGGUGCCUCCGGAGGCAUCCACGGAUCCGGCCGCGCGGGCAGGCUUCGAUGCCGCGCCGUCGGCCGCGUCACAGCACGCCAAACCUCACGGCGACGGCCGCGGCCCGCGGGGACCCUGGGGGGUGCUCUGCAGCACGCUGGCAGCCGCCAAGCGGGCAUUGUUGCUCGCAUCAAUGCCUGGCGCAUCCCACAAAACCUCCCCGCUGCAAGACGCAGGGACGGCCCUCUGCCGGGCGUUCCUAGCCGUGGCGGGGUUCUCCACCGGCGCCCUGGAGGUGGACGACUCCGAGAUGCUGUGGGUGGUGGACGGGGCAGCCUACGACCUGACGGACUUCGUGCGCCACCAUCCCGGCGGCGAGAAGUUCCUGCUGCGCUCGCGUGGGCGCGACAUUACCGUCACCUUCAACACAUACCACCCCAACCCGGACAGGGUUCGGCCCGUGCUGGCGAAGUACCGGGUGAGGGAUGCCAGGCCGGGCGACGUGAACAAGAGUAUGUGCGACCUGCCGGCAUUCCUGAUCGGCGAGGACUUCGAUGCGGCGAGGGACCUGCCACGCUACGCCGAGCAGUCCGGUCACCUGCUGCCGGCGCUGCGGGCGCUGAUGUCCACGAGGGAGAUGCGCGAGAAGAUCAAGGCCGCAGAUCGGAGUUUUGACGUCGUUUCUGCGGGCAUUUUCGGGCUUUAUGUGGCCCUGCAGGCGGCCUUCCUGGCGGGCAGUCUGGGCAUGGCGCCGUUCGUGGCGGCCAUGGUGCUGACGCGCAUAGCGCUGGCCGGGGCGGGCCACUAUUUCCUGCACAGAAGCGCGGCCUGGCCGUGGGGGAUCCUGGGCUUCGCGUUCGACGUCAACUAUGUGGGAUUCGCACUGGUGUCCACGGACGGGCACGUGAUGCUGCACCACGCGUUCACGAUGGCGCCCGGGGACGUGAAGCGGGGGAUCUUCGACGCCAUCAAGAGCCUCCCGCGGCUGUACCGGCUGCCGGUGCACACGGCGCACAAGCUGGCCCAGACGGUGACCGGGGUGUUCAUACGGGGCAGCAUCGUGCAGAUGAUCGAGACCGCCAAGGGAAGAAUGCCUCGAGACGGCCAUCUCAUAUUCGCCGUCUUCUGCCUCGUCAGGCUUGCGCUGGUGGCCGAACUCGUCACCUUCUGCGUGCUGGGCCACUUCCGCGUGUGGUUCCUGCAGUUCUUCUUCACGCUCUGGAUCUCCACCUUCCAAGUGGUGGCUAGCCACGACCUGGACGCCCCCUGCCCGCAGCCCGACCCCAGCAACGACUGGGCCGCCUUCCAAGUGGCGCACUCCUACGACAUGAUCUUCACGGGCUGGAAGUGGGCGGACUGCUUCCUGACGGCGGGUUUGGGCCCCCACAGGGUGCACCACGUGCUACCCUACCAGCGUAGCGGCUUCGCGAACAUCAUCAGCGAGCCAGCGCUGCGGCGCCUGUGCGAGCAGAGGGGCAUGGCGUGGGCCGCGCCGCUGAGUUUUUGGAAGCAGCGAUUUCCUGUGCUGGUUAAGCGGUACCUGCUUGCCCCCGCCCACUCUGGCGCCGUGCGCGGGCUGCGCGGUGUCUUGAGGGAGCAUCUUUCGUUGGAGGCUUUGAGGGGUUGCGCCCGCCACGUCUAUUUGGGAGCGCUCGGGGAGGGGUCGUUUUAG